GAGACCAGACAGUCACUACUCCUCCUUCACCAACCAAUCAUUCCUGAGAGGUCACAGGGCAAAGCGAUAUCAGCCCCAGAAUCAGUGACGGCACUUUUAUUUCCUUCGAGCUGAAGAGUAUUUGGAAACUGCUACACAGCGGCGAAUAUUACCUGUAUUCUUUUUAUUUUUCUGUCUAGCCUGAAAGUAUAUCUACAGUGAACAACAGCCAUGUCAUCUAUUUUACUAAACUGUAUGGGGGCUGUCACUGACCAUUCUGAAUAUAGCGAACCGGAGGUCCUUUUCAAGAACCCCCAGAUCCAUGUCAAGAACCCCCAAUUGGAUACAAUGGAAGAGGACAUUCUCUAUCACUUCAACCUGGGUACCAAGACCCACAACCUACCUGAGAUGUUUGGAGACAUCAAGCCUGGUAUGGGUGUCCCCUCCAUCUCCAUCAUGCUCCAUAAGCUCAUCAAGCUGCUGCAUCAUGCCCGCUGCAUCGACUUCGCCCUCUUCCGCAUUGGCACCUCCGGUGGAGUUGGUCUGGACCCAGGAACAGUAGUGGUCACAGACAAGGCGGUGGACUGCUUCUUCCGCGCCCAGUUUGAGCAGGUGGUUCUAGGUAAGGUGAUCACCAGGAGCACAGAGCUGGACGUGGGCGUAUCCAAGGAGCUGCUGCAGUGCUCGUCCGAGUUAGACGACGUGCCCACCGUCAUCGGAAACACCAUGUGCACCAGUGACUUCUACGAAGGUCAGGAUCGGCUUGAUGGAGCUCUCUGCUCCUUCUCCACUGAAGACAAGCUGGAGUACCUAAGGAAAGCCUAUAACACAGGAGUCAGGAAUAUUGAGAUGGAGUCCACCGUCUUCCGAGCCAUGUGUCAUGUCUGUGCCAUCAAAAUAAAUCAGUCUCCAAUGUCACUAACUUUCUUUGACAGGGAAAAUUCAGUAAUCAAAUUUUAAUUACCACCCCAUAUAAAAAAUAAAAUGUUUUUACAUUUGUAACGGAUGUAACCUUUCUCUCCCCAGCGGCUGUCGUCUGUGUGACUACUUUGUUGAACCGUUUCGAUGGGGAUCAGAUCUCCACCCCUCAUGAUGUGCUAGUGGAGUACCAACAGAGACCUCAGGUCCUGGUGGCCCACUUCAUCAAGAAACGCCUGGGCCUCAUCGUCUGAAGCUCCCUCCGAUCACCUCUGCUGCCCAUGGACUGCACAUAGCUACAGCCUCGACUGUUAUGUGGACAUACACGGAGUGUACAAAACAUUAGGACCUCCUUCCUAUUGAGUUGCACCCCUUUUGCCUCUGACUGAAGUGGAUUUAACAGGUGACAUCAAUAAGGGAUCAUAGCUUUCACCUGGUCAGACUGUCAUGGAAAGAGCAGGUGUUCUUAAUGUUUUGUACACUCAGUGUAUGUAUACAGUCAUGUUGAUAUGUUAAGAUAUUAUUUAAAGUGUUCUAAAAGUACAUGAAGAUUUUACAGAUGUGUUGUAUCGUGUAUUGGAUUUGUUAAAUGAAACUCAAAGAGUGGGCUCUUACGCAAUUGUGUGGUA